CCAAACAUACACGUGAAAUGUAUGUAGUUUCAAUUGAAUUUUACUGAAAAGAAUGUCAAACAUCGAUUUGGGCUUCGCCGAGGAAUGUGAAACAAAGUGGUUGACAAAUGCAAAUUUUCCAAGCAAAAUUGGUGGUAAACCAGCUUGGUUGCAUUUAGGUGAACUUCCAUCAUCUGAAACAUUGCGCUGCAAAAAAUGUGGAAAUUUGAAAAGCUUCCUGUGUCAGAUUUACGCUCCGUUUGAUGACGACUUCAAUUUCCAUAGAACUAUAUUCGUGUUCGUAUGUCGUACUAGUUCCUGCUAUGAGCUUGCAAACGACAACCACUGCAUCACGGUAUUAAGAAGCCAAUUGGCAAUGCGCAAUAGUUUUUAUUCUGAAGUUCCUCCCGAUGACGAAGUAGCUUUGCCUGCUGUGGAUCCGCCAAAGGCAAAACUAUGUGCAGCUUGUGGGUGUCUUGGUCCAUUACAGUGCGGUCGAUGCAGAAAAAUCAAUUAUUGUGGUUCAGCGCAUCAAAGGUUACAUUGGAAAUUUCAUAAAUUACGAUGUUCGGUCGAAACUCCAAGUGAUAGACCAAUGGAAAGCGAUCAAUACAUUAAGGAAGUUGUUUUUCCAGAAUGGGAAAUUUGUAUGAAUCCUGAUGACGAGAGCGAUAAUGAAGCCGAAGGAAAUUCAGAAAAAGCCGAUGUUGAUGAACAAGAACAGCUGCAAGAAUUGGAUAAACUGAUAAAUUCUGGAAAAGCGGGCCAAUUUCAUAAUUUACCAGAAGCCGAGUUGGAAAAGUACACCGGCGGUUGUGAGAAUAUUGAUGACAAGUACUUCCGAAAGUUUAGAAAAGAGUGUGCUAAAGCUCCUAAACAGGUUAUACGCUACAUGCGAGAUGGUGACCCUAUAUGGAUCGCCGAUGCAGAAAAAACAAUUAAAGGUAUUGCAGCAAAUGUACCGUCUUGCAGUAUUUGUAGUACGCAACGGAAGUUUGAAUUCCAAAUUAUGCCGCAGAUGUUGAAUUAUCUGCAAGAUUCUGCGUUAGAUUGGGGAGUUUUAGCUAUCUAUACGUGUCCGAAAAGCUGCCCACUACCGGAAGGGAAGGGCUAUACGGAGGAAUUCGUUAUAAAACAAGAUGUAUUGGGUGAUUCUCAAAAGUAAAGUGUUACCCUCUUUUGUUUAUUUGCAAAUAAAGACUCGUAUGACAAACGUA